UCGGACUAGACUUGUACACGCACUACUUGCGAAGCAAAGGAGCGCUGAGCCAUUCAAAUAUCGGAAAUCUCCAGUAUUUUAUCACAUUGUUGAGUUGUAGAAAAACCAGAAUAAGAAGAAAGAAAAGUAAAUUCUUUUUUAUAAAAAAAAAAAUUCACUUGAGAGGAAAACCCAUUUUUUCUCGAGUGUCAACGAGAUUUUGAGCGGACUCCGGCAAAUUUUUCAGGCUGUGUAAGAUCGUGCAGAUCCCGAGAUCCCAACAACUGCACUAGAAUGUACGUCGGCUCGAUCGUCUUAGUAACAUUGUUGAUAGCUUCCCACACGUUGGCUGAAGAAUCCAAGUUUAACGAUGUACCGUCAGAAAAACGUGCACCCAUGGGAUUCCAAGGUAUGCGUGGAAAGAAGGACGUAAUGUCUGCACUGGAGACUGACGAUUUCUCCAAAAGGGCACCUAUGGGUUUCCAGGGUAUGCGAGGGAAAAAAGAUUCAGCGGGAUCGGAUUUGAUGGACAAUAUAAUUCAAGAUGACUUUGAGAAGCGAGCACCCAUGGGUUUUCAAGGAAUGAGGGGCAAGAAAGAUUUCCUCACAUUACCAGACAUUAAGGAAGCUCUUUACCAUGACGAGUAUGAUAAGCGUGCACCAAUGGGAUUUCAGGGAAUGCGAGGAAAGAAGGCGUUAGAAUUCCUGGACGAGAUGAAGCGUGCAAGCAUGGGCUUUCACGGUAUGCGUGGAAAGAAACUGUACACGGACGAUUACGAAGAUGAAUACGAGAAACGAGCAAUGGCUAUGGGUUUUCAAGGGAUGCGUGGAAAACGCGAUGAAUAUGAAGGAGAGUGGGAGAAACGAGCACCAAUGGGCUUCCAGGGUAUGCGAGGCAAGAAGAGCUUUCUCGAGGAGUUGGAGGAGAUGGAGAAGAGAGCUAUGAUGGGCUUUCAGGGAAUGAGGGGUAAAAAGGAUAGACUGGAGAGCUACUAUAGCGGAUACGUGGAUCCACUUGAUUACGAGAAAAGAGCGCCUAUGGGAUUUCAGGGGAUGCGAGGCAAGAAGGAUGGGGAUAAACGGGCCAGCAUGGGAUUCGUUGGUAUGAGGGGGAAGAGAAACGCUGCUAAUAUUUAUGGAACUGACGACAAUGAAUUUCUUGACAGACUGCCCACGGAUUUCCUAGGUUCGCGGUUCUUCGAUAAUGAGAUUCAUUUUGUCAAACGAUCAGGAGACGAAACCAUCGACUUGAGAGAGAAGAAAAAUCCGACUUGGGAAUUGAGGGGUAAAUUCAUUGGUGUAAGAGGGAAGAGGUGGUCGCCUGAGAGUGUUGGGAAUAAUGAGAACAUGAUAAAUGAAGCGAUUGAUCAUAUCGAGAGGGUUGAGCUGAACAAUGACUCAACGACAAAAUUCAAUACCCAGUAGUCCUAUAAACAUUAGGAUAACCUUGUAACAUUUGAACAACUGGACUAUUUUAGACCAAUCCAAAAAAUCAACCGAUAAAUCUGAUUAUUCCGUGAAACAUUAGACUCCUUGAGAAUUUAAACCAGAGAAAACAAAAUUUCUAACAGAAACCAAAAAAUAUCGCACUGAAGGUCUCACAUAUUCGAUUCUCUAACUGAAAAAUAAUACCGAGAUCAGUUCUUCACGAAAGCCUACAUCAGUUUUACUGUUACUGAAAAAUGAGUAAAUAAAUAAAUAAAAAUACGUCUGUCGUCACUAUAAAUUUUCAUCGCUAGUUAGAAUUAAGACGACAGUUAGUCACAUAAUUUUCAGUGUCCCGUAGUUCAGGCGAAAUAUAUAACAAAUAAAAACAGAAAAUUAUAAAAAAAAACACAUGAAAGAAAAACCAUUGAAUAUGGAGUAUGAGAAAUGCAUAGGUACUAUAUUUUUCUCUGAAUGUUAUAUCCUUGUAUCAAUUUUUAACUAAAACCUGGUAGUACCGGCUGAGUCGAUAGAAAUCUCGUGAUUGACAGAUUAUUGUUGUCCAAGUGAUCGAUAGAAUGGAUACCAUACUCUAGUCACCCUUGAGUAGAAUUAACUCCAACUGAGUAUGGACGCACUUCACUAAAUCCCAAACUGUUAUGUCUCGCACAACACUAAAUUAAAAAGAUAUCCUAGUGACUAUUCAGAUGAGGAUAUAGAGGGGAGGGUGGGGCAAGAUGGAUGUUAUUGUAUAUGUAAUAUUUGUUAAGCAAACGAUAAGGCUUUAAUGAAUUUGGUCUGGUUUUGAAAUUUAGCAUAAAAACAUGAGAAUUCAAAUGACGAUGAAAAAUUAUAAAUUUUUACUCAAUCGAAAAUGAACAACUAGAUAUGAUCCCACCUGGAUCAAGAGGUAGAGGCUGCUGGAAUGAAUGUGGACCUAAUUCGGAUCCACACAAACACAAGAAAAAUUAAAUCACGCCAACCGCUUGAAUUUAGGUAGAUUCCAUCGGAUUUAAACCUCAAAAUUUAAUAGAACUUAUUUCGAGUUGACCUGAGCAAAAAAUCCACAACGACAUCAAUCUAUUCACAAAAAAUAUUUCACCGGUUUUACGUUACAAGGUUCAAUUUACCAAAGCGGGUGUCGCCCGAGGAUCUUCAACCAGAGAAUAUUGAAUUUUGAAGUGGAUCUUUUUUCACUUCAAAAUUCCCAGGAAUAUUCCGUUCGAAAAUGAUAUUUAAUUUUCAGUUGAAUAUUAUGUCGAAACUUGUAAUGAAAAAUUGGUGUGGAAUAAACAACCGGAUUUCUAGUCACCAAUUAAGUGAAUCAAGUCCAAUCUACUUGACUUAAUUUGGAAUUGAGCUGAUCUUAACUGACUUGAUUGAAGAAAUUCUUUUUACGUCCUCCCUAGCUUCGUUCAGAGCGUUGAUCAUUCCACCUGGACUCACUCACGUACAUUCCCACCUCGUUCGUUAGUCUCAAGGUUUCAUUAGGCUGGAUGAGGAACAAUAUUUGUUUUCUAGUAUAUCCUUGCAUAAUAAUGACUGAUGUACAGGCGUCACAACGUAUGCAUAUACGAAAAAAAAAGGAAAUUCUUUGUAAUGAAAUGAGAAAAUGAAAACUCCCUCUUUAUAUAGUUAUUCAGGAUGUACCAUUAGUAUCACCAAAUGGUCUUUCACAACUUUUGCUCAUUUCAAUACGUCAAAUUCUUCUCAUAAUACUUGAAAUUUUGAGGCUGGCUUCUCCGGUUUCUGGAGAAUGUUAUUUCAAGCAUUUUGAGAUGGCAAGUUUGCACAGUCAUUUCUGUCAUAAAAAAUUGAAGUGAUCUGAUCACUGCAGCUUAAUGUAUUCAAGAUCAUGAAGAUAACUAUUUACAUAAUUAUGAAACAUGCGGUAAUACGUGAUUCAAAAUUUUCAUUUUAAUUUUUUUUGGGUUUCAGAUUGAAUAAAAAUAUUUCAUUUGAGAAUAUCAUAUUGCGCAGCCGCUCCGGUUAACAAUUUUCUGAUGGUUAUCGAGCAAUUAUUGGUCUUCUGUGAGAUUUCGUGGUAAAUAUUACAUAUCCAACUAUUUUUCAUUGAGGAUAAACACGAAAUUACGAAAAUGAUGAUGUUUUUCCAAAUAGCCUAAACACACGGUAUAUUUACAAAAAUUCCUUGAAAGUCUAGCAUGAUCGGAUCAUUUUAAUGAAGGAUGUCAUGAAUAUGCUCCAAAAUUAUUGUAAUAUUGGUUCUAUUUUAAGAAAUUGAAAUUCACAGCUGAAGUCCUCCUCCACUAUUACCUCCGAGGACAAACGAUAAGUUAUUAAUUAAUAAAGUUGACACAACUGACAUUGGCGAAUUACUGUGACUUAAGCACUGAUAGACUAUUCCCUGAAGAAAUUCAACUUGUCAGUCAACUCAAUCGUUACGACGAACAUUAUUUUUGCAAUAAUUUAGAGAGAAGGGGCGAGAGAAAAGUAUCAGUUUCAAAGCAUUUAGCAAAGUGAAAAGAAUUCAAAAGUUACUGUUGUUCAUUUCAGUAAAAUCCUUCCCCUUCUCUCUUCUAUCGUUUCUCUGCACCAGUAGCUACACUUCUACAACUUGAGUCCAACACCUUUGUCAUUUGUGAAAUUUUCCAGUUGACACCUCGUCAAUUAUCUUUCGGAGCCAAUAAUUGAGGAGGAGCUUUCGACCUUGAAUUUCACCCCAUUCUUUUGUUACCAUUUCUGUUACCUAUUCAUCUAUUGUUAAUUUCAAUCACGUUUUGAAGCUUUCAAUGGUGAAAAAAAAAGACUAAUGUGAAACUGCGAAAACCUCAUGACAUCCUCAAUACCUACAACAGCGGAGGUGCACUAAAGUAUGGUAGAAAUAAUGGACUUGCCCGUUAAUUGAGAUAUCGCGAGUCCCUGCUAUUUUUCUUUCCAUUAUCACCUUUAUUUCUCCCCUAGUUUCAAGAAUAACGAAUGUAAAUGAGGUGACAAACGACUGAAGAAAGUAUUAAAAAAGAUACGCAAUAACAAAAAUGAUACUGUGGAGGGGAAAUUAAAUUGAUGAAAAAUUAGUCAGAGUAUAUAAUUAAACAUAAAACAUACAUAUAGUAUAUUUCGAGUGUAUAUAAAUGCUGAUUCAACGGGGGUGAUAAACAGGAUAUAAAAAAAAGUUAUAUAGGUAUAAUGAAAUAUGAAAAAUAAUUGAAACAUCCAAUACGUGUUAUUUAAAAAAUGAUUAUAUAUUGAUGUAAUGUAUAGAUUCAAUAUUUCUGUCCCAGUGAAUCAAUCACGUGAACAUCCAAUGAGUGGUACGGGAGUAAUAUAAAUACUUAAAGCCCGCCAUUCAGUUACUCUCCCUGUUCAAUCGAUUGAGAAUAAUAAUGGAAGAAUAUUACUUGAAAAUUUAUGACUUAAUUUUCCUUAUAAGUUUAUAAUUAUUUUGUAAUAUGAUGCUAUGGAUGGAAUAAAAUGUUAUCGCAAUUUUUUCCAUUAUUCUUGAAAUGAAUAAAUGACUGUUAAUUUCAGCAA